CGGGGGGAAUCGCGAACAAUCAAAACAGGGUCAUAUUCCCCAUUCUUUCUUCUUCUUUUCUGGAAAUGGAUGUGAUCGAGCUUUCUGUUUCAUAAUUCACAACACCACCUUCAACCGUUAGGGUUUCAUCUCUCAUGGAUCCUGAGCAGACUUUCAUCAGGGUUCAAGAACGAUUCUCACAUGUCCUCACACCAAGAAUACGAGCUUCUCUUGAGUACAUAUAUCUCUUCAUAGCCAUCACCCUCUUUUGUAUUCUUGUUGUUAUGCAUGCCAAUUACGUCCAACAGCCUGGCUGCUCAAGUGAACUUACUGGAGUUGCAACUACUGAAGCGCAGCUUAUCCAAAUUAAGAUUACUAGUGCUGGCUUAUGGUCACAAAGUGAACCUCAGUAUGAUGCAAAGAGCAUUCUUGACAAAGAAACUGAAGCUAAUGUGAAAGUUGCAGAGCAGAAUGUUGAUGAAUCAACAUCUUUGGAUGCACAGUUUUGGUCAAAUUGGGUUAGUUUAAGCGGUAGGAGUGGAAAAUCAUCUCUAAAAUUCUGGAAGUCCGAUAAUGAACUUCUUGAAUCACAACCUGAAACUUCUACUAGCAGUGAUAAUGUUGAAGAUACCUUUCGUAAAACCAAGAAAGAUGAAUCUCGUAGCAGGUUUCCUAUGUCAGCCAAAGAAUCACUGAAAGCUGCAAUAUUCCGCAUUGUCCGGAAGUGGCAUGGACGCUUCUCAUUUCUUUGGAAGCAUUCAACACGAAUUUUGGGAAGUUUAUGGGAUAUUGCAGGUAUACAUUUAAAUAUUGAUGUCAAUAAAUGCCUUCGUAUACUUCACCUGGAGAAGAUUAAUUCAUUAGCAGUGCAGUGGCUUGAAACUAGAAGCAAAGCAUUUGAACCAACUUAUCUAUAUACAAUGGAAAAGGGUUACUUUCUGCUGCCUGAAAGAGCCAAAUCACAACAUAACAUUCGAACCGUCAACAUUAGCAUUUCAGCCCGUGACUCGUGCUUUGGGAACAGGUGGCAGCAGCUUCUGAUCAAUAGACUUGUAGGAUAUGAUACUAUUUUGAUGAACAGCUUACUGAAUUCUCCAGGUCAAGGCUACCUGUAUAACUACCAGACAAAAGAGUUCUACAAUCUUACAUAUGCGCGUGAGCAACCAGAAGGGUCAGCCAGAUUGGGAGAUUAUUUUGCUACCAAGUGUGGUGUGCUUAUGAUGUCUCUGUUUGUCUUCUUCACCACAACAAUGUCAGUUUCAUUUACAUUGAGAGAGACACAGACUCGAAUGCUGAAGUUCACAGUGCAGCUCCAGCACCAUGCUCGGCAUCGUCUUCCGACUUUCCAGUUGAUAUUUGUACACGUAAUUGAAUCUCUUGUUUUUGUCCCAAUAAUGAUAGGGAUCCUGUUUUUUCUUUUUGAGUUUUACGAUGACCAACUUUUAGCUUUCAUGGUGUUGAUUCUUGUCUGGCUUUGUGAACUCUUUACUCUUAUCAGUGUCCGUACACCAAUAUCAAUGAAGUUCUUUCCACGCUUUUUUUUGCUAUACUUUCUGGUGUUCCAUAUCUAUUUCUUCUCGUACACCCAUGGAUUUUCCUAUCUGGCCCUUUCAACAACCGCUGCGUUUAUGCAACACCUCAUUCUCUACUUCUGGAACCGAUUUGAGGUUCCAGCUCUGCAAAGAUUUAUGCAAAACCGACGAUCGCAAUUUCAGCAACAACCAGACUUUCAUAUCACCUCCUCCACCAUUCUUGCCUCCACUCUUCAUAUCACCAGAUUAAACCCCUUGAGAAACUUGACAGCCCCCCCUAUCAAUACAACAAAUCCGACCUCCGGACCUGGGCUAAGAGGUGGUCAACAACCAAUUCAAACAAACGAAAUGCCGGAAAACCCAGAAACCACCCAAACGCAACCUGGGAACGAGAACAUGAAUAGAGUAGGUAACCACCUUCAAGCAGCAGUGCAACCAGAUGGUGGUGGCAGCAAUCCUGGGGCUAUGAAUUCGUUCAGUUCGUUGUUGUUAUGGAUCUUGGGCGGCGCCUCUUCUGAAGGUCUCAGCUCAUUUCUUUCUAUGUUUAGAGAUGUAAGAGACCAAGGCGGGCAAGCGUAUGCAGAAUCCCCCCGGCAAGAAAACCGCUCAACACAGACUUCUCAAUGAUGGACAGGUAUUUGAACUGGAGAAUGUUUGAUAUGCAUAAAUAUUUGUAUGAUAUUUGCAUCAGUAUAAAAGCAUUGUCAAUAUAGUUUGUAUACUAUGAUGCAGCAGCAGCAGAUGUAGUUUGUUGAUGAGCUCGUAUCAUAUAAAAAUCUUUGUAUUGUGGCUUCUCGUA